AUGGCCGAACAUUCCACCAAUAUUCGGCACGUACUCCUUUACGAGUUCGAAUCUGGCCACCCCGCUGCUGAAGCCCAUCGAAACUUAAGUCGAGUAUUCGGCACCGAAGCCCCUUCUGAGCAGUCUGUGUGCGCUUGGCUCCAGCGCUUCAAAGCCGGAAACAAGAAACUCGAAGAUGAGCCUCGCUCUGGUCGACCGACUGCAAUAUCGUUCGACGAAGUGAAGAAUCUGGCGAAGCAGCAUCCAUACGAAGGUGCGCGGUAUUUUGCUGCUGGUUUUGGACUGGCCGACAAGAUCCGCAAGGAGCACCCGAAACUCGAGAACGUCCGCCUGCUGCACGAUAACGUGCGCCCUCACAUCGCGAAGAAGACUUCCCAGAAAAUUCUGGAGCUCGGAUGGGGAGUUCUACCGCACUCACCGUAUAGGCCGGACCUGGCCCCGAGCGAUUACUACCUCUUCCGAUCGCAUCAGCAUCACCUGGAAGAGAAGCGCUACGAUGAUCCUGACCACCUCGAAAAUGACUAUCGGGCUUUCUUCGCCUCCAAGUCGCCGGAGUUCUAUGCCAAAGGAAUCCGUGAUCUUGUGAGACGCUGGCAGAAGGUUGUCGAUGUUGAUGGAGAUUACUUCGUAGAAUAA